AUGCAUGCCAUCUUAGCCCCUGGUGAUGUGGGGAAGCUGUGUCUAUCACGUGUGUUUCAACUGACCGUCGAUCGAGUCUCGGUUGACUGCGUCGAGGAGUCGGCAGGUGAUCUGGUGCCCAGUCUGGGGCCAGUCAGAGCAGAGUGGUGCACCAGCUUGUCAGCUUUGUGUCCCUUGUCGAGGUGUCGGUGUGUGGGAAAGCGACUAGUGUGGCGGGCGGCGCGUGUGUUGCAGCUGAUCUUCGACCAGUUCUCGGUGGGCCGGUUCGAGGAGUCCGCGCUGGACGGCUGCCCGGACGGCAGCAUGCAGCUGUCGGAGCUGGGCCGGCCGUUCACGGGCGGGUCGUGGUGCGGCGGCGCGCAGGGCCACGCCGUCUACUACAGCGAGACGUCGACGGUGACGGUGUCGCUGCGCCUGCUCGCCAUGCAGCCCAGCCACCCGUUCGCCUUCCGGCUGCGCUUCAAGUUCGUGUCGCGCCAGGACGCCGUGGUGCGCUUCGGCAGCGUGGCGGCGCCGCUGGAGCGCGGCGAGGCCGUGCCCGGCACCUACUGUUCCAGGAACUUCUACGAGUGCUACCGCAAGACGUGCCGCCUCCAGUCGCCCAACUACCCGGGGAUGUACCCGCGCAACGUGACGUGCUACCUGACGCUGCGCCAGAAGGUGGUGCCGGCGUGCAAGCACGCCAUGCUGUCGGUGCGCCAGGAGCACGCCCACAAGCUGCUUCUGAAGCGGUCGGCGGCCGCCGCGGCCGAGGCGGGCGCCCCUGGGCGGCCGUUGCGCGCGUGGUCGGACUGCACCGGGGACCGCGACCAGCUCAUCUUCUACGACGGCGCCAGCACCGACGACCCCGUCCUCGCCAAGGUGUGUGGCGGAGAGUGGCUGCCGGCGGUGGUGGCUCGCGGCCCCGAGAUGCUGGUGGCGUUCCACAGCUCGCCCUUCUCGGCGCCCCUGCACGCCCACGGGCUGCCCUCGCCGCUCAGAGGCUUCGAGCUGGAGGUCAGCGUCGUCUUCUCCGACUCCGACUCGCUUGACUUCUCCAGGGACCCUCGCAGGUGCGAGUUCGUGGUGAACGCGAGCAGCGCCGACAGCGACGAGGUGUGGACGCUGGGCCGCGGGCGCGCGGGCACCGUGCUCAGCCCGCGCCACACGCUGCCGCCCAACACGACGUGCCGCUACCUGUUCGCGGGCCAGCCGCAGGACGUGGUGUGGCUCUACUUCGUGUCCUACUCGCAGCAGCCGCUGCUCUCGGCGCAGCCGCCGCAGCUGCAGCUGCAGCCGCACGGCCUGGCGGCCGCAGCCGCCGCCAGCAACGCCACGGCCGCGCCGCCGCGCUGCUCCACCAGGCUGCGCAUCUGGGACGGCGGCGGAGCGCUGGAACCGCCGCUGCUGGGCGACCACUGCGACGGCGACCCGCCGCGCCUCUGCGACCAGUCCUCGCUGAGCAACGCCACGCGCAUUACACGGCCCUGCUCCGACCACGAGAGCUACCUCUCCACCGGCGCCACACUCUCCAUCGCCCACACCAGCGUAUCCGGCACGGCGCUGCACCCGGCGUCGUUCCGGCUGCGCUACGAGUUCGUGGACACGCGGCUGGGCGGCGAGCCACUGCCGGGGCGGCGCCACGAGCCGUGCGCACGCCUCUUCCGCAGGACGCGGGCCGGGCACUUCUGGUCGCCGCGCAACGUGCGCCUGUUCGGUCGCGGCGGCGCCACACAGCUCUCCUGCCUCUACCGCAUCGAGGCCGCGCCCGGCGAGAAGGUGCGGCUGACGCUGCACAACGCUUCGUUCGGCGACGGCUGGGGCGCCGCGGAGUGCGUGACGGAGGCGGACCCGCACACGGGGCGGCCGCAGUGCGUGCGCCAGGCGGACUCCGGCGUCGGAGGGGGGGUCAACUCCGGCGCCUGGCAGCGCGUGUCGGAGCUGCGCGUGUGGGAGGCGCCGUGGCGCGAGGUGCGGCUGCCGCGGCUCUGCCUGUGCGACAACAGCACGCUGUCCAGCACCGGCUCGCGCCACCUCGUCUUCCUCUCGUCCAGCCGCGUGCUCGAGGUCGCCUUCACGGUGCGCCCGCUGCGCGUCUACGACGACUUCACCAACAUCUACUUCAGCGCCUCCUUCGAGAUGGUCCGCGCCUCGCCCAGGGGCGCAGACUGCAGCCGCCGGCAGCGGCUCCGCGGCUCCGGCGGAGAGGUGAGCGGCGGGUCCAGACCCCACGUGACGCUGGACGGGCGCUGCGAGGGCCUGCCGUGGCUGGUGGAGGCGCACGAGAACCGGUCGCUGUUCCUGCUGACGUGGGGCAGCUUCCUGCCGCUGGAGCCCGCGCCCGAGAGCGCCCGCUGCCACACCCGCAACAGGCUGCUGCUCUACACGGGACGUCCCGCCAGGCUGCUGCGCGUGGUGUGCCCCGCGUCGCCGAACGCGCGCCAGUACGCGGUGCACGUGUUCUCCGAGGAGUGGUUCGGCGAGCCGGCGGCGCAGCAGGUGUACCUGUCGCCGCCGCGGCCGGCCUCCUUCCUGGUGGAGUUCGUGUCGCGGGAGGCGGGCGCCGCCUCGCUCAGCUGGCUCGAGAUCUCCCGGCCGCGCGCCUCGCUGCGCCUGCUCGACGCCGCCCCCGCGCCGGCCAACGACUCGGCCGGACUGCCCACGCCGCCCCUCGUCGAGUGCCCGCACAAGUGCCCCGAGCUCAACGCCUGCAUCAGCGCCGCCCUCUGGUGCGACGGCCACCCGCACUGCCCUAGCGGGUACGACGAGGCCCACUGCCGGCGGCUGCUGGCCCUGCUGCCCGGCGGUCUGUACACGCUGGUGGGCGGCGGCGCGGGGGCGGCGGCUGCGGCGCUGGCUGUGGCGCUGUGCGUGGUGGCGGCGCGGCGCCGGAGGCGGAGACGAAGGGGGCGGCGGGGCCGGCAGCCCGGGGGCGGCGCCGGCGGUGGGGGCGGGGAGAAGAAGCAGCGCGAGCCGCGGCGCGUGCCCACCGAGGAGCUGCUGCUGGACCCUGGCUCCACCACAUCCUCCUGA